CACAAUCACUGUAUUAUAAGUUAUAAUUUAUAACAAAUUAAUAAACAUAAAAACAAAUUAAUAUUUUUUAAUUAUAAAAUUAUAAAUAAAGAGUGAACAAUGCCUCUUCCAGCUGCUUUAUUAGCAAGGCUAUCAAAAAGGGGUCUUAUAAAUCCAUCAGAUACUAAAAAUGAAUCAUCAAAAAAAGAGAGUAAAAAACGUGUACAUGAAGAAGUCAUUGCUGAGGAUUAUGACACUGGAAAAGAUGAAAUUAGUGAAAUAGAUAUAUCUCAACAAUUUAUGGGACAUGAAGGAUGCCCAAAUAAAUAUAACAUUUAUCAUGAUUGUACAAAAAAAUGCAAGGAACUUUGGGGUUCAGGUCAUGCUCAACCAUCAGAAAAAUAUUUAAAAAUUCAAGCAAAAUUAUUGCAAAAUUAUCCAUUACCUGAAACAUGGAAAGCAGUUUAUGAUCCUGGAUCUGGUGUACAUUAUUACUGGGAUUGGUCAUCAGAUUUAGUAUCUUGGUUUCCUCCUGGACAUCAAAAAUGUCAAAUAUCACAACCUGCAUCUCAACUACGUGAAGAAUUAAGUUUAAGAGCAAGUGAUCAAGUUGAUCAAGAUGAUAAUAUAUCAAGUGACGAGAGUGGAAGUGAUCAAGAAUCCAUGGAGGUUGAUCAAGUAGAAAAACCAGAACCAAGAAAAGAACUUAAAAUAACAGUACGUGAAAAAUUUAAAACACCUGAUGUUCGAAGACCACCAAGAUCAGAAGAAUCAAAAACCAAAAAAGACAGAACACUUGAUCCAAUGGAUCCAGCAUCAUACAGUGAUAUACCAAGAGGUAAAUGGUCUGAUGGUUUAUCACGUGAUAAUGAACCAAAAACAGGUGCAGAUACAACAGCAAGUGGUCCACUAUAUCAAAUGCGACCAUAUCCAAGUCCUGGUGCUGUUUUACGAUCAAAUAAAACAACAAAACCAGAUGAAGAAACACCAAUUAAAUCAAUUGUAUCUUUUCCAGAAAAACCAGAAUAAUAUAUAUUAAAAUUAAUUAAUUAAAUUAAAA